AUGGACACGGACAAAGAGCUCUUCAUUGAGCAGCUUGUGGCUGCGCUCCGAGCGAAUUCUGCGCCAUCUAGCUUCACCCGAAUACUCUCAUCUUCUCCGCAAGCAUCUCCGGACGCUUCUCGCGCUGGUUCCAGCUCUGACAACGCAGUAGAAGACGAGAAAUCGACACAGGAGUCCACUGGACUGUUUCUAUCUGGAGCGGUCACUAUGAAUUGUCAUGAUUGCGACCAACUGGCUCAAGUAGCGUACGCACAACUACAAUAUGACUUUCCAAACGUCUCAGAUGCUUCGAUCGAGGCCCUGGCCGAGCUCUAUCGACGCAUAACAGCUGAGAAAUCAACGAUGGACUUAGCUACUGAAGUUCCGGUUACGACGACGUUAUUGGACGGUAUAGCGUUCCUAAACAGCUACCAGGGCCCUCCUUCGAUGGGUUGGAGUAGCAAAGGACCGAUGUCAUCAAGUAAUGAGGCCAGUGGUUUACUUGCAGCGUCACUAUUGCUACGCGUCUUUCGUAUGUGUUUAGAAAUACCAGACGAUGCUCGCGUGAAUGCGCUAUUGUCGUUAUUAGUGCCGGAAAAGUCUAAACGAUCAGAAGAAAAGGAAGUGCCUGAUGUUGGAGGGAUGACGCUGGAAAUGAAGAGGGAAGUGAACUAUGUCGAAAAGUUCGCAGCUCAAGAAGACCCAGACGACUUGAGUGAAGUCUAUGAAGGGCACUUGCCAGACGGACGCAUGCAGGGCAGGAAUUCCGUGGGAGGCCGACAUACAGCAGCCAAGUCAGCAGUUUCACGAACUGAACAACUUCAGUACUUGGCUUCACAAACGUUCUCGUCGUCUUUCGAGAGUGUGUCGAUAGAGAAGUGGGAGCAGUGGCGUCUAGAUGACGACCUUGUUGCGAUAAUGAAGCUGCUUGUAUACCAUUCAGAGACUGAACAAGACCGCCAAAAUGCUGUAUCAGUUGUGUUUUACGGUGUGCACGGUGAUUGGACCAGGUAUCUGUACGUGUUGCGAGACCGUAUUAUGCUCUUACCUAGCGCAAGUCGUAAUGCUUUGUUGCGACUGAAGGAGCUCAUCGAGUUCUUCCAUCGUGACCAAUCAUAUCCGACUGCUGUGAAUACAUCGCAGCAACUCGUCCAGCCGCCGCAGCAUCUAGUCUAUUGCGUGCUGGCUGAGCUGGCAAUGUCGUCCGAGUUCCAUCAGGGCGCGGCUCGGAGUGCUCAGCAAGGCUUAGCAAUGGUCGUCCAGGAAUUAUUACCGCUCAUUGUGGAAGAAAUUCAUCAACAUGUGUCAUUACCGAAUGACUUGCCUCGUCCAACAAAGAGAAACGAGGAAAAGCAGAAUUCGGAGGAUGUUGCUGGUGACGAUGGUGUAGAUGGCGUGCUCGUUGCCGUGAUCCUACAGCUUCUGCACUUCACGUUAUUCGCGUCGUCUAGUGCGAGGACAACCGCCGAGAAAUUUUAUGAGAGUGGCGUACUACGAACACUGCUCAUGAUUCUUCCACCAAAAAGUGACUUGGAUAACGGACGACAUGCGCAAUGUCAGGACAAACGGUGGUUUUCAGCACUUCUUCGCUUCGUGGGCGAGUGUGCAUUGUGGCAUGCUGGUUUUGCCACGUACCUUGUGCGUGUUCCGAAGUUUAUUGCGAUGCUACCGAUGUUGCGAGAGCGAUUCGUGGUCGAAGAGCUUCUGCUUGCGCUUGCAUUCUACCACCAUGAAGUGACGGUACCAGCCGCUUCAAGCAAUUGGAACAUUGAUGUUUGGACGACAUUCACAUCGGAGUCAGUAUUUCCGAUGCAGUGUGAUUCCUAUGCCGUUGCAAAUAAGAAGUUGCAAGACGCUGUGUUCUUGCUUGACUGUCUCGAAAAGGUGCUUGCAAACUUGACCCCUACCAUGCAGAAGGAGCUUCAGUGCAGUCUGCAGCAGAUCUACGCUGCUUUCAGGCGAUCAUUCGAGUACCCCACGUUCGUUGCUGUCGACGCCGUUCAUCAUCAGCAGCAACUUGAUCUGCAGGAGACAAGUGAAAACGCGCAAGACAUUGAUGCUGUAAAGAAAAGGGAAGACCGCAGUCAGGUGGAGGCUCUGCAGUUUACGGCACUGCGGAAUAAACUGCGACAGAGUGUCAAGUCGCUGCUGGCUGCACUCUCGUUGGACUCUACCAUGACUAGCAUCGGAGGUCGAGUAUCGUCCAAAUUGGACUAA